CUGGGGAACAGCCGGAUCUCAGAGCCGAGACCAACACCGCGGGUCGUUGCCCUGCAGGGGCCGUGUGAUUGCUGCACUGGAAAUGGCAAGGUCGUAUCCAGGCAUUGUUUGUGGAGGAACCGGGCAAGGAAGACAGCGAUUGUGACUCGGAAGGAAUGGAGUUGGACGUUUCUUUUUAUACCAGCUGAUGGCGCCGAUCCCUCUGGGGGCCCUCGUCCAGCCUCGACUGCCUCGACUGCCUCGACCGGUCCACGAUGCGACCGUAAUUCGCCGCAUCGCAGUCACUCUCUUGCAAAAACACCCGCAGCAUCAGCGUCACGAUGCGUCGUCUCUCGCUCCGGUCGCUCCUUGCCGUCUCGACGCUGGUCUCGGGCAUCGCGGCCAGUGUGGACCUGGAUCACCAAGGAUCCGAUGCCUCGACGUUGACCGGGAGCCCCAAAGUUGUCACCACCGUGGUCAUCACCAAGACGCUCACUACCUGUCCGUCUUCCUCGGCUGUCUGCUCCGACUCGACCGGGUCCGCAUCACUGCCUCCGAGCUCGACAGCCGGCUCGCGCACCGAAUCGUCAGCGUCGUCCAUCAGCUCUCCAUCCUCCAGCUCCACCAGCAGCGCCCCGUCCAGCGCGUCGUCCGGCUCGUCGUCCGGCUCGUCGUCCAGCACAAGCAGCAGCAGCGCUGGCGUCCCCGCCUGCACCGACUUCUGGCUCGAAAAUAUCAAGCACCAGGGCGUGGCGCCCUUCGCCGGCUCGGGCUACGAGGUCUUCCGCAACGUCAAGGACUACGGGGCCAAGGGAGACGGCGUCUCGGACGACACCGAGGCCAUCAACCGGGCCAUCAGCGAUGGCAAGCGGUGCGGUCCCGGCUGCACCGGCAGCACCAAGACGCCCGGCCUCGUCUACUUCCCACCCGGCACGUACAUGGUGUCGGGCCCCAUCAUCGACUUCUACUACACCCAGCUGAUCGGCAACCCGGGGUGCAUGCCCGUGCUCAAGGCGACAUCCGACUUUGAGGGACGCUUCCUCCUCGACACCAACCCGUACGGGGACUCGGGUAGCCUGGCCUGGGGCGCCACCAACGUUUUCUGGCGCCAGGUCGCCAACCUGAUCAUCGACACGACCGACGUGCCCGCCGAGACGCUCAUCGCGGGCAUUCACUGGCCCAGCUCGCAGGCCACGUCGCUGUCCAACAUCGUCUUCAGGUCGUCCGCCGCCGAGGGGACGCAGCACCAGGGCCUGUUCGUCGAGGAGGGCUCGGGCGGCUUCAUGGGCGACCUCGUCUUCUUCGGCGGCGCCCAGGCCAUGUCCAUCGGCAACCAGCAGUUCACCAUGCGCAACAUCACCGUCCGCGGGGCCAAGACGGCCGUCCAGCAGCUGUGGUCGUGGGGGUGGACGUACCAGGGCGUGAGCAUCCGCGACUGCGAGGUCGGCUUCGACUUCACCGCCGUCGACCAGGGCGACCUCAAAGUCGGGUCCGUCACCAUCCUCGACAGCGAGAUCAGCAACACGCCGAUCGGCAUCAAGUACGGCGCCGCCGACACCAUCACCACCACCAGCCCCGACGUGCCCAACAACUUCGUCUUUGAGAACCUGCGACUCGACGAUGUGCCGACGGCGAUCCGCGGGCCCUCGGGCACCGUCCUGGCCGGCUCGUCCGGCCAGACCGUCAUCGAGGCCUGGGGCCGCGGCCACGCGUACACGCCCUCGUCGUCGGGCCCGACCUCCUUCGAGGGCCCCGUCGCGCCCAACGCGCGCCCGGCCUCGCUCGUGGCGGCCGCGGAACCGGGCGGGGAUGCUGCUGCCUCCUUCUCCUCCUCCUCCUCCUCCUCCUCCCCCUCCUCCUCCUCCUCCUCCUUCUACCAGCGGUCCAAGCCGCAGUACGAGGACGUGCCAGCGUCCGAGUUCGUCAGCGCCCGGGCCGCCGGCGCGCGGGGCGACGGCGCCACCGACGACACGGACGCGCUCAACGACCUGUUCGCCUCGGCCGCGGCGGCCGGCAAGAUCGUCUUCCUCGACGCCGGCAUGUACGUGGUCACCCGGACGGUGCGGAUCCCGCCCGGCUCCCGCAUCGUCGGCGAGGCCUUCCCCGUCAUCCUCUCGUCCGGCGACUUCUUCGCCUCCGCCUCGGCCCCCAAGCCGGUCGUGCAGGUGGGCGCCCCCGGCGGCGAGGCCGGCCGUGUCGAGUGGUCCAACACGAUCGUGUCGACGCGCGGCUCGCAGCCGGGCGCCAUCCUGAUCGAAUACAACCUCGACUCCUCAUCCUCCUCCUCCUCUUCCUCCUCCUCCGAGCCCUCGGGGCUCUGGGACGUGCACGCGCGCGUGGGCGGGUUCGCCGGGUCGGAGCUGCAGCUGGCGCAGUGCGCCAAGACGCCCGAGACGGCCAUCACGGCCGACAACCUGCCGAGCGGGUGCGUGGCGGCGUUCCUGACGAUGCACGUCACGCGGUCGGCGGCGGGCCUGUACAUGGAGAACUGCUGGCUGUGGGUGGCGGACCACGACCUCGAGGAGGGCGCCGACAACCGGCAGAUCUCGGUGUACGCCGGGCGCGGCCUGCUCGUCGAGGGCACCCGCGGCCCGCUGUGGCUGGUCGGCACCAGCGUCGAGCACCACCAGCUGUACGAGUACCAGCUCGUCGAGGCCGCCGACGUCUACAUGGGCCAGAUCCAGACCGAGACGGCCUACUACCAGCCCAACCCGGACGGCCGCCUGCCCUUCCCGGCGCUCGAGGCCUACCACGACCCGGUCCUGGCCGAGGGCGAGUCCGGCUGGGGCCUGCGCGUCGUCGACAGCGAAGGGGUGCUGGUGUACGGCGCCGGCCUGUACAGCUUCUUCGACAACUACGACGUCAACUGCAUCCAGAUCGGCCAGGGCGCCCGCUGUCAGAGGCGCAUCUUCAGCCUCGAGGGCGCCAACCGGAACGUGCGCGUGUACAACCUCAACACGGUCGGCACCAACAAGAUGAUCACUGUGGACGGGGUGGACGUGGCCAACUAUGAGGACAACAUCGACGGCUUCGUCCACUCGAUCGCGCUGUUCGGCCUGGACGCUUGAAGGAAAGGGGGGGAAAGUCGUGACUAUUAUGUUACAGAGAAGAGAAAUAUAUAUCAAUCAAGGAUGGGGAAGGGAAGUAGAAGGGAGGUGGAUGGUUGGAAACAGACAUGUCGGGUCUGUCUGGGGAUGACUGACGAGCCGGCGCAUCGGGGCUGGAUGAUGAGAGAUGACCCAAUGUUUUGGGAUGGUACCUCGGGGUUGUGUGAUGUGACAAAUAUGGGGUAGGGUAGGUCACCAGUUCUUAUGUUCCUUUCUCUCCACACGAACGUUGUCCCGUUAGUACGAGUUGUAGUAAACGUGAUCUGGCGGCCCCCCCCCC